AUGACCUUGCCUCAGGCCGAAGCUCGCCUGAAAGAACACCUCGGCAAUCAUUAUGUCGAGGAGGACUGGACAGAUGCCCUCAAAGCUGUUAUGGAUGCGGAGGGUGACAACAUCGAAGCGGCCGAGGCUGUUGAGAAACUCGCAUCGGUUGCAUGUCGACGAACUGGGCUCGUUGUCAAAAUUCCGUCUCUUACCAAG